AUGAGGUCAACCGUAAAACAGUACCUCAUGGUGUUGCUGUUGUUGAACGCUAUGUCGGUUGAAUACGAAGAGCCCCGUAGGCUGUUGAAGAACCGAGGCAGACCUCGAACAUUUGACAACUACAACUUGCUUCACGUGCCUUCUGGGGACUGCGGUCGUAGCAACACGUCGACAGCUGUCGAAGAUGAAAUACAAGAAGAAGACGAAGGUGUAAGUCAGCAGCGGGACCGCUACCCGUUCUGA